AUGUUCAAGACGGGGAUCUCGGUAUUCAGGAGCAGGGUGCUAGCCAGAGGCAUUGCGCAGUGUAGGGUGGGUGCGCGCGCGGCAUCGACAGCUGCGGAGACGGUACUCAAGGACGGUGCCAAGCCCAUGCGGAUCGAUCGGGAGCUGCCAGACCCGUACAAGGAUCGGUUCAAGCAGCGGGCGACCUUCGCGGUGUUUGCCACGGCGACGACAGCGGCGCUGCUGCUGAUUUUCAACUACGAGAAGGUGCAGUCGCCGGUGGUGACGAACACUAUGUAUCAGAUGCGGCGGCUGGGCGUGGUGCGCGAGCUGCUGGGCGAUAACCUGGAGUUCGGCGGGCUGCUGGGGUGGGUGCACGGCGAGUUGAACCAGGUUGCGGGGCGCGUGAAUGUGCGGUUCACGCUCAAGGGCAGCAAGGGCGUGCCUGGCGAGGUGCGUCUGGUGGCCGAUCGCGAGAACCGGCAGCAACAGUUUCUGAUCCGCGAGUGGACGGUGACCAUCGACGGCAAGACGGUGGACCUGCUCGCAGAUGGCGCGGUUCGGACGCUGGAGACGUGA